AUGGCCCUCCUCGCGCUCGCCGCGGCGGUUCCGACCGCGGCCCUCGUCGCUCUGAUCAUCAGGCGACGUCGCAAUGAUCUGAAGGUCGUCGUCAUCAAAGCGAGGGGCAUCGAGGUCCACGUCUCGCCGUUCGGGGCGACGGUGACGCGCGUCGUGGUGCCCGACGCGACGGGCGCGCUCGGGGAUGUCGUGCUCGGCUACGACCGUCUCGCCUCCUACGACGAUCCCAGCGAUCGCCCGUACCUCGGGGCGAUCGUCGGUAGGGUGGCGAACCGCAUCGCGGGCGCCAGGUUCACCCUCGACGGCGAGACCCACGCGCUCUGCGCGAACAACGGCCCCAACUGCCUGCACGGGGGCUCCAAGGGAUUCGACCGAGCGUGGUGGACGGUGGACGAGGUGUUCGAGGACGGAACCGGCGUGAGACUGACGCACGUGUCCGAGGACGGCGACGAGGGGUUCCCGGGACGCGUGACGAUCGCGGUGACGUACGCGGUGCGCGACAACGGCGGUUCGCGCGACGUCGGAUCGACGGGCGUCGACGACGAUCGAAUCCGUCGACGCUUCGACGCGACGCUGGCGACGACGAUGGUCGCGUCGACGAAUCGAACCACGCCGGUGAACCUGGCGCAGCACUCGUACUUUAACCUGGCGGGGCACGACUCCGGGGUGACGAUCGAGGACCACAGGGUUAAGCUGAGGUGCAGCGCGUACACCCCGGUGGACGCGACGUCGAUUCCCACGGGGGAGAUCGCGGACGUGACGGGCACCGCGUUUGACCUUCGCGGGGGCCCGGGCGUCGUGCGAGACUACGGCGUGAGGAUAGGGGACGCGAUGCCCGCGGGUGACCCGGGCGGGUUCGACCACAACUUCGUCCACGACGCGUUUGUUCCGACGGACGAUGAUGACGACGUGUCCCCCCGGGUGAUCGCGCAGGUGUGGGAGCCGCGCAGCGGUCGGAGCAUGCACGUGGCGACCAACGCUCCGGGGGUUCAGUUCUACACGGGCAACUGGCUUAAUAAUAGGGGAAAGGGGGGCGUACGGUACGGCAAGCACUCUGGGUUCUGCCUCGAGACGCAGCACUUCCCGGACGCGGUGAACCAGCCGGGGUUUCGUUCGUGCCUCCUGCGGCCGGGGGAUACGUACCGGCACGUCAUGGAGCACAGGUUUUUCGUCUGA